ACUCAGAUAAAUCGGUUGUUGUCAUCUGUCGAUACAUAAUCCAGUUGUGAAUUCACGAUAUUCAAUUACAAAAAAUGUUCCUCAAGUCCUACAUAUUUCUCUUUUUAAUUUCAUGUUUAUUUGUAUUAACGAAAAGUAGAACAGUAGAUAAAGACGACGAAGAUUUUGACGAACGUGUUGUAUUUCCUGAUGAAUUUAAAGAAGUAACAACUGCUGGAACAACGUCUACUACUGUCAUUACAUCAACUGCGUCGGAUUCAAGUACAAAAGCUCCUGCUAAUUCAGUAGAAAUUGUGGAGAGGCAUUUUGUUAGAACAAGAAAGAAUUGCAAGGUUGGUGAAAUACUCGAUCGCAAGGGAAAAUGCAGAAGAACCUUAUAAACUACACUAUGAUAACAUUAUAUUUUUGCAUUCCAUUUUUCUUAAAAACGGAGUGUAAAUUAACGAGAAUUAGAGGAAAGAGGCAACUUGAUCCGUACAUUCAAUACUCAAAUUUUGCAUCCCAAUUUCCCACUAUAUAUCCAAGUUUCAAUAGCAAUCCUUGCAUUAAUCUUGAAGUGAACGAUCGCCCUUGCCUUGGACAUUAUUUUAGCCCUCAAUAUUAUCCACAACAAACGCCUGCGAAUAUUAUAGGCAGUAUGGAUAAUUCCCCCAUUUGGCCAAAUUGGCCCUUGCUGUUUCCACAAUUCUUACCACAAGAACAACAGCAUUCAGGUUAUCAACUUUUUUGGCCUUACAAUUAUCAGCAGUCGAUUCCAUCACUACCACCUGCUCAACCGAUAAACAAUGAACCACAAACUACCCUACCUGACCAAACAACCAAUAAAUCGAAAAAAAGUUUGGGAUCAACUCCUGGAGUUAUCAAUCCUGAAACAUCCAGUGAUUCGCACCAGUUCGACUAUGUUCAAAAUGAACCGAUUAGACAAAAUUAUCAAGUUGUAAAAACUUCUUCUUCUCUGACAAUUCCAAAAACUCUUAAUAUUGUGAGAAGCUAUACCGACAGCCACGAAGUUCCAGAAAUCAGCAUCCAAGAUGACACCUCGUCACAAACAUCAAGUCAAGAAGAAAGUGAAGAUCCACCUGAUAGUCCAGUUAAUAAUCAUCCAAAAGAAGAAAACAGACAGACGGAUGAAGAGCGAAACUUAUAUCAAACAACAGAGCACACAAAUCAAGAAAAAGGCAAUCAAAAGUUACAACAAAAUGCUCAACAGCAGGAAAACAUUGUAGUUAAAAACAGUGAAAUUAGAGACAAAGAAAAAAAUCGUAGACGACAAAAUCGACUGAAUAAUGAUGGAGAAAACGAAGAUGAAUACUAUUAUGAAUAUUUACAUUAAUGCGCUUUACUUAAUAUCGUGUGUAAAAAAAGAUAAAUAAAAGUUAACACUUAUUAUUUGUAACCGAUCCAUGCAUGUAAGCAGGAAUAUACAAAAUGGAAUAAUGUUCAAAA